AUGCGGGUUCCAACCAAACUUCCGGCUCACAGAGUAGCCUGCCUUGCACUUUAUCGAGCCUUCCUCUCCCACAUCCCCCACCUCCCACUCGAGCCUGCCCAAACCAAAUUCGCGGAAUGGCAUAUCCGCAGCGAAUUCAAGCGGAAUCAGAACGCACAAGGAAUCAGGCCCGUCCGCAAAGCCCUCUCCUAUGCCCGCAGAAGCGAAACCCUGGUGCGCGCCGCCACGACCGGCGACCUAGAAAGCAUCACUAAACUCUCGGAAGAAAUCACCCAGCUGCAAAAACGGCGCGAAGAAGACCUCUUUGUAGCCACCCUCUCCCCACCCCCUCCAAAACCACCCCCGCCGCCAGCUGUCAUGCUGAAAUGCAAGAGGAAACUGCGACUUCUGGACCCGAAUUAUCAGCCCCCUCGCCGCUCCCUGGUCCCGCGACUGCCACAGUUGAUAGAGAGUAAUAUGUUCCCAAUCCUCCGCUGGCCAGGCCAGAAGACGCCCCUGCACAUAUCCAUAACUAUAAAGAGGAAGACCGUCAAGAAGCAGAAAAGAUUUGAUCUUUUAGAAUUGCUGGAGGUCUGGACCGUGCUUGCGCAGGAGGAAGAUAUUUUCGAUGACAUCAUCGCGAGGGAAACGGGUGUUAGGGAGGAGGGUGGAACUUGGGAGCAUGGAGUUAAGUCUACGUCGAGGGACGUGAAGGAUUUGAUAAGGAAGGAUGAGCUAAGGGGGGUGGAGAUGACGAAACGGUUUAUGGAAAUUAUUGAACAGCAGAGGGUAAUUCGGGACGACAUGAUCCUGGGGAGGGAUAGACGGGGGCGGCGGAAGGGGGUAGAGGGGUACCAGCUAGGGGGGGCUGGGAGAGGGAAGCGGGAUGGGGAGGAAGCAGAAUUGUUGGCGGGGGGGGAGGCCGCUCUUGAGGGACUAGGGAAGACGGUGGCGGGAGAAUGGGGCGAGGAUUCUGAUGCUCCUUUUGCUCACUGCUCUUCGCACGAGGAGUCAGAACAUGGCGACCUGGAGCAAGAGCACGACGAUCCCGACCAAGAGUACGAGGAGCACGAGUACCAAGACCCAGAGCACGGCGACCCAGAGCACGAAUAUGAAGAGCCAGAAUACGAAGAGUCAGAAUACGAAGAUCCAGAAUACUUCUCCGACUCCCCCGACUCAGAUCUCGACAACGCCAGCCCAGGCCCGCGCCCGGCACCGGACCCCUUGAUACCCCCAACAUCAGAGCCAACCUCCACCCCCGAAGACAAACCAUAGAUCCCAUCCACCCCCACCCACCCAAGGCGAAGGAGAACCCUCGUAACUAUUAGCAUCCCCCACACAACUCACCCCACAUGUA